AGGCAAUCUUUGUGGAGUCUGUCACCUGUUGUAGCUCUCAAAAUCCUUCCUCCUCAGUAUCCAUUCCCAGGCCUGCUUGUGGGAAGGGACGACUGUCCUGGGUGGAGAUGAAAGCCAAAGAAGAGAAUUUUCAGGAAUAAAGGCUGAAAUAUUGAUGAGUAAGAUGAGCUUUUGGAAUUGGGACUGAGAAUGCUAUAUGCUUCAAUGCUUAUAUGGUUCCCAAAGCAGGCUGUGGACUGCAACCAUGAAGGCUGCUGGUGCCCUCUGGAGGAAAUUUUGGGCAUUACAGAAGCCAAUCUUGGAAUGGAGAACAUUUUGUUCAGCUCUCUUAAGAGACCCAGUAAAAGCAGAAUCACAGAAAUAGGAGGAGAGGACAAAGAUACUCAGAGAGAAAAAGUAAAGGACAGAAGAAGGAGACUGGAGAGACCAGCAUCUUUGCAGCUGAACAAAGUCAACCGCAAAGCAGACUAGCCAGCAGGCUACAAUUGGAGUCAGAGUGCCAAAGACAUGGGCUUGUUAGAGUGCUGUGCAAGAUGUCUGGUAGGGGCCCCCUUUGCUUCCCUGGUGGCCACUGGAUUGUGUUUCUUUGGAGUGGCACUGUUCUGUGGAUGUGGACAUGAAGCUCUCACUGGUACAGAGAAGCUAAUUGAGACCUAUUUCUCCAAAAACUACCAGGACUAUGAGUAUCUCAUUAAUGUGAUUCAUGCUUUCCAGUAUGUCAUCUAUGGAACUGCCUCUUUCUUCUUCCUUUAUGGGGCCCUCCUGCUGGCCGAGGGCUUCUACACCACCGGCGCAGUCAGGCAGAUCUUUGGCGACUACAAGACCACCAUCUGCGGCAAGGGCCUGAGCGCAACGGUAACAGGGGGCCAGAAGGGGAGGGGUUCCAGAGGCCAACAUCAAGCUCAUUCUUUGGAGCGGGUGUGUCAUUGUUUGGGAAAAUGGCUAGGACAUCCCGACAAGUUUGUGGGCAUCACCUAUGCCCUGACUGUUGUAUGGCUCCUGGUGUUUGCCUGCUCUGCUGUGCCUGUGUACAUUUACUUCAAUACCUGGACCACCUGUCAGUCUAUUGCCUUCCCUAGCAAGACCUCUGCCAGUAUAGGCACUCUCUGCGCUGAUGCCAGAAUGUACGGUGUUCUCCCAUGGAAUGCUUUCCCUGGCAAGGUUUGUGGCUCCAACCUUCUGUCCAUCUGCAAAACAGCUGAGUUCCAAAUGACCUUCCACCUGUUUAUUGCUGCAUUUGUGGGUGCUGCAGCCACACUAGUUUCCCUGCUCACCUUCAUGAUUGCUGCCACUUACAACUUUGCUGUCCUUAAACUCAUGGGCCGAGGCACCAAGUUCUGAUCUCCCGUAGAAACGCCCCUUUGUCUAAUAGCGAGGCUCUAACCACACAGCCUACAGUGUUGUGUCUCCUAUCUUAACUCUGCCUUUGCCACUGAUUGGCCCUCUUCUUACUUGAUGAGUAUAACAAGAAAGGAGAGUCUUGCAGUGAUUAAUCUCUCUCUGUGGACUCUCCCUCUUAUGUACCUCUUUUAGUCAUUUUGCUCCACAGAUGGCUCCUGCUAGAAGUGGGGAAUGCCUGAGGUGGUGAUUCUCCAGCUGCAAGUCACAGAGGAAUGAAAGCUCUAAUUAAUUUGGGAGCAUCUCCUCAAGUCCAGGAUGUACUUCCUUCUCAAAGGGCAUUUCCAUUGAGAAAAACAAAGUGGAAAGAAAGAUCUCAGGGAGAGAGCAGAAAUGUCCUUGGUCUCCUUGCCAUCAAUAGGAGCCAAAUGUAUUCUCCUUGAUGCACAAAACCAAGAACUCACUCAUAUCUUCAUAUUUCCACUGAAGACAGAAGCAAAUGAAAGAAUGCUAGCAAAGCAAUAGCAUUUGCCCAAAUCUGCCUCCUGCGGCUGGGAGACAGGGGUCAAAGCAAGGAUCUUUCACCCUUAGAAAGAGAGCUCUGACCCCAAAGGCCAUGGGCUUUUGAAGCCCUAACCCAGCCAACCCUACUUACUGCAGAAGGGAGCACAGUGUCUGUGUAAACAAAGGGGGCAAAUCUGUCUUUACACCUUAUUAGGAAGAGAAACAGUGUUGUCAGGAUCUUCUCACUCCCAUCUCCUUGAUAACAGCUACCAUGACAACCCUGUGGUUUCCAAGGAGCUGAGAAUAGAAGGAAACUAGCUUUCAUGAAAUAAGACUGUGGCUUAAGAACAGCAGUUGGUGGAGACUAAAGGUAUAACUUAAGAUGGCCCUUGGGUAGAUGCAAGAUAGUUAACUCUUUGGAUAGCAUAUCUUUUUUUUUCUGUCAACUAAUUGUGUCCUCUGGUGUAUCUUCACAAUGGUGCUCUUUUCCUGGGGUUUUAUCCAUUCACUCAUAGCAGGUGAUUUGAAGAUCUUGAUUAGUUUGAUAAUGGUCCAUGCUUCACAUUUUCCAAUUGUUCAUCUCUUAUUUGGAUUUAGAAAGAGCUGGAGAAUGAUUUUUGAUUAUUGUUCUUUUUUGGAAAAAAGGAUAACUGGACAGUAAGCAUCACAAAAUAUUUGAAAUUGGCCAGUCCCACUAACUUAUUUGGAUUUUCCCCAAGUACUCUGCCAUUUGUAGAAAUAGGCUUGGUAAAUUUGAACCUCAAUUUGAAUAACCUGUCCAAUAUUUUCUUUUCUAACAAAUGACAGGUGAUUUUACUUGCUAAUGUUAUCUUGGCAUUUUGAGAAUUAGGUUCAGCAUAGAGGGUAUUGUCUCUUGGUAUAUAUAGGUCACAUAAUAGAUUGUACCAUCUGUCAGCCGUUCAUUUGGUAAGCUUCAUGGAGAUCUGGAAACAUGAAGAGAACAAACAGAAAGUAUUUGAAACCUGAAGAACUCCCAGAUUUCAAGCUUAUCUUGUAUUUGUUAACUUUGGGAUUAAAAAAACCCUCUGAUCAUUUUUAUUGAAGGAAAGGUUAUUAUAGAUCUUUUAUUAUAGAUUUGUGUCAUUCUUAUUCCCCAAAGUGCCCGCCAUGUUCACGGAUUUUACAAGAAGACAGCGAGACUUGUUCUUGGGCCAGUAUAUAAGAUAAACUAGCAUGAUACACAAUAGUGAGGAGAGGGGAAAGGAUCUGUAAGAAACCAAUCAAGAUCAAGGGAAGUGAAAUAAUCGGUAUCUUUUAUUUUCUUUUGAUUUAAUAGCGUAAC